AUGUUCCGUCGCCCGGGUGCAGGCCGCUCCAAGGCUUCCGCAGAUACUCUUUGCCAGAAGUGCUUGAAGAGAGGACACUACAGCUACGAGUGCAAGGCGCCCGCACAGGAACGCCCGUACAAGUCUCGACCUUCUCGGACACAGCAACUACUCAACCCCAAACUGCAGCCUAAACUCACCACCGAGGUACCCGAAGACCUGCUGCGCAAGAAGGGCGUCGCCGAUGAGAUUUUGAAGAAGAAGGAAGAGGAUCGCAAGCGCGCGCGCUCACUCUCUACGUCGUCUGCCGACUCUGUCUCGACCAUCUCGACCAACCGCUCCCGUUCCCGCUCGCGAUCUCCCCCACGACACAAGCACAACGGACGAAGACAUCAUGGGGACCACGACAAAGCGCUGCGGAAGCGUAGCAGGCGCUCGGUCUCCAUGGACUCGCGCUCCUCACGCGCAUCCGACACUGCAGACAGGAACACACGGCGGCGCAUGAGCUCCUUCAGUCCUGGUGAGCGAGGCCGCCGAAGAACCAGAUCCAAGUCAAGAUCCAGGUCAGCGCGCAUGCAGAUAUCACAUGAGAAUGCCAGGGGAAGAGCGCCGCGAAGCAUGAGUGAUAACAACAGGUCGCGGAGCAGGAGUGCAAGAAGAGACAGGCGGCGACCAGCUCGACGGUCAGUCUCAAGAUCGCGGUCGGGGAGCGCAGAUCCCAUGGAUACGUCAGACGAGCGUAACCCACCAAACGGAGCACCAAGAGGCCAGCCAAGCGUCUCGCAUUCAGUACAUCGUGAGCCUUCCAGGUCACUCUCGCCAUACCAUAGCAGUCGCGAUCGCAGCCCGAGUCCCUACUCCAAGCGCAAGCCUGUACGCCGAUCGCGUAGCCCACACGAGGCAAGCAAUGGAGGACGGGCCCGUGACAGUCCGCGUGGACCGGCAAGAAACCGUUUCGACGAUCGGGCAACCGUCGCGAACAGCAGAGUUGCGCCGCCGCCAGCGCAAGCACCCCCACCCUCACAAAGAGAGCGCAGCCUGAGCCCAUACAGCAAGCGUUUGGCCUUGACCAAAGCCAUGCAGUCAGGGUAG